UCAAACUCUCGCAAAAGUCAAAAAGUUUCUUCGCUCGUCGUCGGUCGCAAAAAGUCGCGUUUUAUCGGGGUCUUUUUCUGCCAGGGGAAAAAAUUGCAAACGAAAAUCCUCCAAAUCCGGCCGGCAAAACCGGGUACGUGGCGUGCGUUCGAUUAGUGUUGCUUCCGCCGGAGAUGCGUUCUUCGUGAUUCCGGUUGCGGGUCGGGUAAUUUUGCGGUAAAUUUUCGUUGCGGCGAUUCGGGUCGGCUUCUCGGGAGGCUGCUGCCGGAAGAACAACAAGAGGAACAUAUUUUUUUUGUGGAACGAGCAGCAAGAAGAAGAGCGGCGACACCAAGGAAAUCGCCAUCACGUAAACUACUUUGAAGUAAAUCUGCAAGUUUAAACGCGAUGGAAAAGCAGCCGGAGGAACCUGCGGUGACGGAGCCAGUGGAGGAAGCAAAAUCGCCGGAAGAACCGGUGGUAGAGUCAAAGUCUUCGGAAUCGGUCACCGAAACGGAGGUGCAGGAAAAGCCAAAUGAAAAAGAUUCCGCAAAAGAGGAGGAAAAGUCUGAGCAGAAAGAAGCGAGUGGUGAUGGUAGUGAAAAGGUAGAAGAGGAAAAGCCGGACGAAGAGUUGGUUGAGCAACGGGAUGAGCCGGAUCGGAAGAAGGAAGAAGAUCCCGAAGAAACGGUGGAAGAGUCUGAGGAUGCCGUGGAUACCGUUGGAGAGCCUGAUGACAUUGAGCUCCCGGAUCACUUCGGUGGCGACUCGUCGACGCGCUCGUCCCGCCGCGGCUCGGUCCGCUCCGAUGGGGCGGCCUCCUCGUCGGACGAGCAAAUGCCCCGGCUGCGCGUCACCGAGUCGGAAACGGUCGAAAUCGAGAGCUCGCCGGAAAAGUCACCCAAAACGGUCAGCAAAGCCCCGCGGCCGGGACCCUCCAAGGUGAUCGAAACGGUCGAUUUGGACGAUGACGAGGAGGAGUACGACGAGGAUCGGUCGUUCGAGGAGGACGACGAGGACGAUUACUAUGACGAUCCGGAGUCGGACGAUCAGGACGUGAACCGGGUGAUUCAGGACGCGGUGGACGAGAUUGACGCGAUGGACAGCCGGGGGUCGGGCGAGGAGGACAAGAUGGACGUCAGCUCGGACGAUGACGGGGAGGAUUACAGUGAUUACGAUGACGAUGACCGUCGGAGGAGCGUUGUGGAGUCGCGGAAGGGCAGUGACAAACGGAAGAGGGGAGGUAGUGAUUACUCCGAGGGGGAGAUUUACGACGCGGAUGACGGUGAUGAGUACGACCAGGUGGGGGAAGUGGACGAACCGGGACGGAGCUACCGGCCGUCCAAGUCGCGGGGAGUGUCGCUGGGACAAAUCAGUGUGGACGACGACAGUGAGGAAGAAAAGGAAAAGGUCAGUCCGAAGAAGAAGGCUGGUGGCAAGGUGAAGUACAAAUCGUACCGCCAGAAGCUCGUCGCCGGGAUUCGCAAGCGGACCCUUAAAAUCCUAAACAAGCGCAGCAUGCACGUUAUGGAAGAGGGCAGCGACGCGACGCUCGUCUGCUCCUCCGCCGAUGCCACCGCCGCCAAAGUAGUCAGUCUCAAGUCGAGCAGCGUCGCGACGCCGAACGCCACCACCAGUAGCAAGUCACCUGCGCCGGAAGAGGCACGUCUCAGCGGCAAGCCGGAAUCACCGUCGGAGGCUAGGGAAGCUGCUCUGGUUGACAGCAAGAAGGGGAGCAGCAGCGAUGAGAACAAGGAAAACAUGACGGUCAAGGAUAUUGAAGUGGCGACCGCAAAGGUGGUUGAGGAGAAGGUCAAGCCGGCUAAGGAUGACGAGAAGAAGGGGAAGGAGAGUGGUGAGGACGUCAUGUCCGGCAUGGAGAUUGAGGAGGACCAGCAGGACUGCACGUACCGGAAUGGGUCCAAGACGGAAGAUUUCAACGACGAGCUCACAUUCCAGAUGGAUGGUGGAAGUGGCGCUGGGAGUCAGCAGUCUUCGAAUGGUGAUGACGACACGGAGGAAGGGGACGACGAUGAGGAGCAGGAGGAGCAGGGUGCGGUUGAUUUGUCCUCGUCGACGGAGACCGUGAACAAGCCGGAAGAGCCGGUGGAGAGUUCGUCGGAGAAGAGUGUGACGAAGACAGCGCAGAAGCCGGAAGUUCCGGUAGAGGAGCCAGAUCUCAGCAGCGUGGAAAAGACGGUCAAGGUGGAGCCAGUGGAGCAGCCGGAAGAUCGGCGGGAGGAAGCGUUGUCAGUAGAUUUGAGCAGCAAGACUAGUCGUAAGGAGAAGCCGGUUUCGCGGAAGCGACGUCGCUCCGUUGAGGAGUACGAAGACGAAGAGGACGCCGAGCCGGUGGUUCCUUCGAAGAAGCUGAAACGCGAGCUGGAGUGCAACUUCCGGGCGCACGACCUCCUGCUCAAGGAGUACAUCGAGAACACGUCCAACGACUCGAUGGAGGACGUCCACAAGAACACCGAGCUGCUACAGGUCGAAAUUCAGACCCUAAACGAUAUGAUACGUGCCAAAGAGAACGAGUGGAACAACAUGAUCCACCUGAAAAAGGUCAAGGAGGAGAUCCUGAUGAGGUUGACGCGGAAAAAGAACGUCCUCAACAUCGUCCACACCAAGCUGGGCGAGGAACCUCCCGCGGACUACAGUCUGUCGAACGUCCGAUCGGCCUCGGUCGGCCCAAGACCUCCAACGCCCCCGCCCGAAGUCGACAUCCGACCGGCAUCCGUCACACCCCUUCACAGCUCCCGCCAAAGCGCCAACACUUCGACCGCCAACGACAGCCGGCGUUCCGCGCCCAGCACCAACAACAGCAGCCUCUUUGCCCAGUUCAACCACAUCAACAGUUCCGUAACCAUGGUGCCAUUAUCGACCUCCCCCUCCCUAAUCACUUCCACCAACACGAUCCUUCAAUCGCGCGCCAACAUGAAGCCCGCCGAGCUCGCCAAGGAAAAACCAAACGCCGCCCAAAUCCAGCGGCAAAUCCUGCCCAAACCCAUCCUCUCCAACCACCAGCAAAUCCUAAACAACCUGGCCAUGUCGGCCGGACUCACGGCCGCCAACGUGACCAGCUCCACGAUCUCAAACACCACGUCGGCGUCGACGUCGUCCAACACGAUGGCCGCGGCAGCCAUCGCCGCCAACAACAUCCUAGCCGGGCUCGGCCUCUCCGCCCAAGCGGCGGCCCUCCUGAACGGCCACCACAAUCCGGGCGGCCACCAGAGCCAGCAUCAGCACAACAUCAACAACCAGCUGCAGGUCGGCCGGCAGGGCGUCAUCAAGGACGUCAAGAGUAUUAUCGCCGACUACCGGCAGAAGCAUCCGGAGCAGGUGCCGCGGCGUGGCCGCCGGCUGAAGAACAUACCGUCGUACGACGGCAAGGGAGGUUCGAGUGCGGACGCUCGGAUGAGGGAACUGAGCUUCCUGCUGGCGGCAGCCGAGCGAUCGUCCGGUGGCGGCGAGUCGGCCGUGCCCAGUUUGGGCAAGGGCGGUGCCUACCCGGAAGUCACGCUCCACCCGGUGAUGAACUCGGCCAGUUCCAACUCUACCGCGCUACCGGAGUUGAACCUCAGCAACGGUGGCGGUGGUACUUCCGCGAAUCAAUCCCAAGCCGCCAACUCGACCAGCAACUCGUUGCUCCACGGCAUCCUUACCAAGUCCGCGUCCCGGCCGAAUCCGGCCACGACCGCCACCUCCGGCCCAGGCUUCACUUCGUUUUCCCCAACGCUGGCCCGACUCCUGACGGCGCCCGAGCGGAUGAACUCGGCGGCUGCGGCGGCGGCCCAGCAACAAGCUGCCACCGUAACGUCCGGGGCGUUGGCCAAUCUGCAGGCCAGCACCGGGCUCAAUUUGUCCAAGUCGAACAGUGAAAUCACCAUCACGCCGGUCGGGGGUGGCAAUGGGGGCUCGAAUGGCGGUAGCACCAGCAUUCAGGCGUCGCUGCUGCAGGCCGCCGCCGCCCAUCAACAGCUGCAGGAGCAGCAAAAGCAGCUGCAGCGGCUGCGCGAGCAGCACUUUAUGAGCAUGGACGACGAAGCGGAGGACAGCGUGGACCGGCUGGUGAUUGACGAGGGCGAUGACCACCACAGUCACCACGACGGCCACGUGAACAAUUCCGGCGGCGGCGGCCAUCACCAGCGCAAUCACCGCGGCGAACCGAGCGUGGUCAUCACGGCCCGUGGCGGCGGUGGCGGAAACGGUCCCGAGUUCCACGAGAACGACGUCCCGGAGUGCCAGGGCUGCAAAAAGCGCGAGGCCCAGUUUGUGUGCGCCGGAUGUGGCAACCAGUGGUACUGCAGCCGCGAGUGUCAGGUCAACGCCUGGGACGACCACUCGGAAGUGUGCACCGGUUAAGCUAAACUAAUCCAGGUAUUAUCGUUUUAUUCAAAAACUGACUAAUUAAACAAACACAAGCGCACUUGAGAGACAUUCAGCUUUCAGUAUGAAACGUUUUCUACAAUUCAACAAACUACCAGUUAUAAAAUGAAUAUAACCUUUUUAAACAAGUUUAAAUAAACAUUAUUACAGAAAAAAAAAAACAGACACAGCAAAACUAUCUCUAAAAGACUACGAAGAAAUGUAGCAAAACAAUCUUAAUUUAAAAAAAGCAUAAACUUAUCUAGCAGCAAGAAAUCAUCAAAAUUAGCAUUAAAAGUUAGUUUGCAUUUCUUAGUGUUUUCUUUGCUCUAAAGUUAAAAAAUAAAACGAAUUUCACAAUCAAUUCACAACAGCAAAGAAAGAACAAGUCCUUGGUUAAACAAGUGCAACAUUUUUAUCGUAGCUUUCUUAUAAAAAGAAUUUAAGUAAAUUUUCAUUUGAUUUGAACAUAUAUUUCAUAAAACAACAAACACACCUAGCCGUUAUUACCCUAAUUAUUAUCGUAAAUUAUAUAAAAAAAAGAACAUCCUAACCAACAACUAAACGCAAGCAUAUUUACCACUAUCAAGAUAUUUAGAAGUGUAAGGAAUGGAAAACCAAAAUGGUUGCAAAAAAGAAACAUGAAACCGAAAGUAUCGAUUCAAGCCAGACUUACCAGAAGAAGAAAAAAAUAAAGUUUACCGCGCAACGCUGCGGUAAGGAAUCGAUGAUGAUGUGUGUAACAGCUAGUUUUGUAGGAUUUUGUAGCGAGUAGCGUUUAAAGUAACAGUUUAGAACAGCAGCAAUUAGUAGAGAACUAGGGUUAGAAGAGCGGGAAUGCGAGUGAGCAAUGAUUUGAAAAGAAACUACUACACAGUGUCAAUAAAACGUAUGUGUUGAACUGAGAGCGCGGAAUAAAAACAGCUACCCAAGCAUGGAAAAUUAAAA